AUGUCAGAAAAUGUAUUUCCGGAGGUACAAGUUAACAGCGAAGUGCAAUAUUUCAAUAAAACAAAAUGUGUUCUCCCGAAAUUUUUAACACAAGUAAUAGGAAAAGAUACACAAUCAGAACCAAAUUUGCGAACAAGUUCUUUGAAGAAAAAGAAGCAGCCUGAUUGUAUAAAAAAAGAUGUGCGAAAUAUAAGUUUUAAUCUUCCUUUGGACGAAAUAUCAAAAUCUUCAAAUGACUUGUUUGUUAAUGGAAUAAAUAAAAAAUCUAAAAAAAUACGAUCUUUAGAAACAACAACAGAUAGACCUUUAAGCGACAGUCUUCCUUUUUAUCGUAGAAAAAGCAGCGGUGCAUCAGUGUCAUCGCACUAUAGAUUCCUGCUAGCUGAUUCCAGAAAAAGCAGUGGUUCUUCAGUGUCAUCUAACUAUAGAUUUCUUUCAGCAGAUCGUAGAAAAAGCAGUAGCUCGUCAGUGUCAUCUCACUAUAAAUUUCUUCUAUCUGAUCGUAGAAAAGGCAGUGGAUCGUCAUUUUCAUCUCAUUGUAGAUCAAGACUUACAAGUGAUGCUUCUAAUGCCAGUUCUCGGAGUUGCUCAUCAUCUUGCUCAACUGGAUACUAUAGAGUACCAAUUAUAGGUGCGCAUGGUGUUGGUAAAACAGCAUUAAAAGAUCGGUUUAUGAGCUCAGAGUACAUGGCACCUAUGCAAUCAGAUAUUGAUGAAUUCGAUGAAAACAAACUCACUAUCGUCGUCGAUAAUGAGGAAUCUACAAUGGAAUUUAUUGAUUUAUCAUCCAUUAAGGAAUAUGAUCUACCAACAGACGCCCAUGUUGUUGUCUUUUCUGUCCACGAUAGCGAUUCUUUCUCACUAGCAGAGGGGUUUCUACAACAUCUUCGGAAUGAGCUUGAUAGUGACAGACCAAUUAUAUUAGUAGCCAACAAAAUUGAUCUCGUCAGAAAACGACAAGUUACCAAAGAAGAUGCACUCCAGCUUGCUAAAGAAUUCGAGUGUAAAUACAUCGAAACAUCAGCUGUGUUAAACCUCAAAGUAGACGAACUUCUAGUGGGAUUGUUGAAACAGAUAAAACUAAAGUUAAAUCCAGAAGCCAUCCAAAAAGCAGCUAUUUUGAAACAGGGAAAAGGGAAAAAGAAUGAUACAUUAAGAGGGCCAAAAAGACUUUUAAAUAAAAUAUUUAAACGUUACGCGAAACCUGUAUCACAAUGUGAAAAUUUAUUUCUUCUUUAUAACAGUUUGUUGAAAGAUUUGAUGGAAUGGAUAACUAAAAAACAGUUUGUUUACAGAUUAGACGAGACAGAAAGUUCAAAAACAAAAACAUCAAACAAAGACAAACAGAAAUGGCGGACACAUGUGAAGAACUUGGUUAUACAGCCAUUGAAACUUGUAGCAAUGUGCAGUAAUGAGAUGUCAAUGAGUGAUAAGAUGCAAGAUAACAACGACAUGCAUUUUAUCGAUACAACUAGCUAUAGAUCAAGACUUACAAGUGAUGUUUCUAAUGCAAGUUCGAAUUCGUCUUCUUGGAGUUGUUCAACAUCUUGUUCAACUGGAUACUACAGGGUACCAAUUAUGGGAGCUCAUGGUGUUGGUAAAACAGCUUUAGAAAAACAGUUUAUGAGCUCUGAGCACAUGUCGCCUAAUGAAUCAAUUACCGAUGAAUUAGACGGGAGAACACUUACAGCUGACGUCGACAAUGAGGAGUCCACAUUGGAGUUUAUAGAUUUUCUAUCUGUUGAUGACGAUGAUUUACCAGUAGAUGCCUAUGUUGUUGUGUUUUCCGUCCACGAUAGCGAUUCUUUCUCAUUAGCAGAGGGUUUUCUACAAUAUCUACGGAACGAACUUGAUAGCGAUAGACCAAUAAUAUUAGUUGCCAAUAAAAUAGAUUUAGUCAGGAAACGACAAGUUACCAAAGAAGAAGCACACCAGCUUGCAAAAGAAUUUGAAUGUAAAUACAUCGAAACAUCAGCUGUGUUAAACCACAAAGUUGACGAUCUACUAAUUGGAUUGUUAAAACAAAUUAAACUGAAGCUCAGUCCAGAUGCCAUUCAAAAAUCAGCUACUUUGACACAAGUGACAGGAAAAAAGCACUCUCUAAUUAAAGGAGCAAAAAGACUGUUCGGUAAAAUCUUAAGACGUACAUCAAAACCGUUAUCACAAUGUGAAAAUCUAUUUAACCUCUGAUUUUUUUGCAUAUUCA